ACGAUCAUCAAAACGAGAGUAGCCCCUCAAACCAAUCCUCGAAUAAAAUUCAAACCUGAUCUCACUAAAGCCCAGCAAAAUCAUCUCACAUCUCUCAGAGCGGAACUCAAGUCACUCCAUGAACGUGGUGACAAAAAUAAAACCAUCAAUGGCGGAGUUUUCAUCGCAGCUAAACUUGCAUUACAAGCCGAUCAAAUCUACUUGGAAGAGGAUAUCUUAGAACAGGUAUUCAUCAAAAUUAAAGGUAUCAAAAAUGAUUUAAUUACAGGUUGCAUUUAUAUUCCACCUAUGUCCACUAUUGAUAUUUACGAACAACACUUUAACGCCUUGAUUUUCAUAAGAAAUAAAUAUAAAGAAACAUCUUUUCUGAUAGUUGGAGACUACAAUCUUCCCUCCAGCCAACCAUCUCCAGUCUGCACAAAAUUCAUCACUGAAUCACUUGCCUUGAUUGAAUGUUACCAGCACAACACAGUCUUAAAUGACACAAAUACCAUAUUGGACCUCUGCUUCAGCAACUUAGAUCCCUCAAUAAACAGAGCAUCUGCUCUUACUACUGAGGAGAAAUGCCAUCCAGCAUUAGCCGUAACAAUCGAUUACAACUUAAAACUAAAAUUACUAAGCUCACCAUCUUACAUAUACAGCAAAGCAGACUACACUGAACUAAAUAAUUUCUUCUUCAACACAAACUGGACAAACCUAUACCAAUUAGAUAACCUAGAUGACAAGCUUAUACCAUCAGACCCAAUAACUUCCCUCAGUGGUUCACAAAGAAGCUUAUUCAACUUAUUAAACAAAAAAAAAAACGCUCAUUGCGAAUACAAGAUAAACAAAUCAUACAUCAACUACAGGCGCUUUAGUGAUCUCCGUCGGAAAAGUAAAUUACUGGGCAUCUCAUGCUUCAAUGUCUAUCUUGGCCGCGUUGAGAAGUCAAUCCAUCAAGACACCAAAAAAUUUUGGAACUUCAUCAAAAAUAAAACGCACGAUAACUCGAACAUACCUUCAGCCAUGUCAUGGAAUGAUUUCUCUGCACACACUGGGCCAGAAAUUAGCGAACUGUUCGCAUCUUUUUUCAAGGAAAACCACGCUCCAGAAUCAAUCAGGACCUUAUCU